AUGAAAACGAUACGGCUAUUUCUCAUUAUUUUCUGCACUUUUUUAGUGUUUAAUGUUAAUGCUCAAACAACUGUCACUGUCAAUGUUUUCUCCUCAUUCGGCUUCCUGCAACUUGUUCAGGAUUGGUUUAUCAGCAAUCCAAGUGUCAUCAUCAUUGCAUCGGGCUCGGAAUCGGAGGGAUUAGGAGAGGUGGCUUGUCGAAGCUCAAAUGCGACAAUUAAAAACAUGAUCUGCACAAACAAGGAGAUGAAGGAAGCGAUGAAUGAGGCCACUCCACUCUACGCAUGUCUAGGGAAAAAGGCAAAAGAAGUCGAUGAGACGAUCGCGAAGAAAUGUGGUACCGUCGUUCCACAUGGACCAUGCAAAAAAGUGGCCGAGUACGCCGAAUGCCGAGCCAAAGUCAACGGGGCAGCGUGUGGGAAAUGGGGAAAGAAGAUAUUCCACAACAUUUGCAAAGCUAUUCCAGCACAACCGGAGGGUUCAUCCAACUUUGAUCCAUGUCGAUACGAAGUCAUUCAAACACUCGGUGAGACCUCGCAAGAGAAUAGUGGAUCACAUGAGAACCCUGGACCUCCUUCCCCGGCAGCCCCACCGCCUCCACAACCACCAGCUAGCAUCAAAGUGUACACCUCGUUGGGCUUCUUGGAACUCGUUCAGUUCUGGCUGAUCAGUAACCCAAGCAUCAUCACCAUUGCAUCGAGCUCACAAUCUGCGGGAUUAGGAGAGGUGGCUUGUCGAAGCUCCAUCGCAAAAAUCAAAAGUACAAUCUGCUUCAACAAGAAAAUGAAGAAAUCGAUGAAUGAAGCCACUGAACUUUAUGUUUGCAUGAGCAAAAAUAAGAAGAAAAUCGAUGAAACGAUUUCGAAAAAAUGUGGAGCUGUGAUUCCGAAUGGGCCAUGCACCAAAGUGGCCGCCUACGCUGAUUGUCAAGCCAAAGUGAAUGGGGCGACAUGUGGGAAAUGGGGAAAGAGGAUAUUCAAAAAUAUCUUCAAAUCUAUUCCUGCACAACCAGAAGGAUCUCCCAAUUUUGACUCUUGCCGGUACCAAGUGAUUGAGACUGUUGGAUCGACCUCGCACGAGAAUAGUGGAUCACAUGAGAACCCUGGACCGCCAGGCCCACCGCCUCCGCAACCACCAGCUAGCAUCAAAGUGUACACUUCGUUGGGCUUCUUGGAACUCGUUCAAUUCUGGCUGAUCAGUAAUCCAAGCAUCAUCACCAUUGCAUCGAGCUCACAAUCUGCGGGAUUAGGAUCGGUGGCUUGUCGAAGCUCCAUCGCAAAAAUCAAAAGUACAAUCUGCUUCAACAAGGAAAUGAAGGAGUCGAUGAAUGAAGCCACUGAACUUUAUGUUUGCAUGAGCAAAAAUAAGAAGAAAAUCGAUGAAAAGAUUUCGAAAAAAUGUGGAGCUGUUAUUCCGAAUGGACCAUGCACCAAAGUGGCCGCCUACGCUGAUUGUCAAGCCAAAGUGACUGGGGCAACAUGUGGGAAAUGGGGAAAGAGGAUAUUCAAAAAUAUCUUCAAAUCUAUUCCAGCACAACCAGAAGGAUCUCCCAAUUUUGACGCUUGCCGGUACCAAGUGAUUGAGACUGUUGGAUCGACCUCGCACGAGAAUAGUGGAUCACAUGAGAACCCUGGACCACCAGGCCCACCGCCUCCGCAACCACCAGCUAGCAUCAAAGUGUACACUUCGUUGGGCUUCUUGGAACUCGUUCAAUUUUGGCUGAGCAGUAAUCCAAGCAUCAUCACCAUUGCAUCGAGCUCACAAUCCGCGGGAUUAGGAUCGGUGGCUUGUCGAAGCUCCAUCGCAAAAAUCAAAAGUACAAUCUGCUUCAACAAGGAAAUGAAGGAGUCGAUGAAUGAAGCCACUGAACUUUAUGUUUGCAUGAGCAAAAAUAAGAAGAAAAUCGAUGAAAAGAUUUCGAAAAAAUGUGGAGCUGUUAUUCCGAAUGGACCAUGCACCAAAGUGGCCGCCUACGCGGAUUGUCAAGCCAAAGUGAAUGGGGCAACAUGUGGGAAAUGGGGAAAGAGGAUAUUCAAAAAUAUCUUCAAAUCUAUUCCAGCACAACCCAAAGGAUCUCCCAAUUUUGACGCUUGCCGGUACCAAGUGAUUGAGACUGUUGGAUCGACCUCGCACGAGAAUAGUGGAUCACAUGAGAACCCUGGACCACCAGGCCCACCGCCUCCGCAACCACCAGCUAGCAUCAAAGUGUACACUUCGUUGGGCUUCUUGGAACUCGUUCAAUUUUGGCUGAGCAGUAAUCCAAGCAUCAUCACCAUUGCAUCGAGCUCACAAUCCGCGGGAUUAGGAUCGGUGGCUUGUCGAAGCUCCAUCGCAAAAAUCAAAAGUACAAUCUGCUUCAACAAGGAAAUGAAGGAGUCGAUGAAUGAAGCCACUGAACUUUAUGUUUGCAUGAGCAAAAAUAAGAAGAAAAUCGAUGAAAAGAUUUCGAAAAAAUGUGGAGCUGUUAUUCCGAAUGGACCAUGCACCAAAGUGGCCGCCUACGCUGAUUGUCAAGCCAAAGUGACUGGGGCAACAUGUGGGAAAUGGGGAAAGAGGAUAUUCAAAAAUAUCUUCAAAUCUAUUCCAGCACAACCAGAGAGUUCUCCCAAUUUUGACGCUUGUCGAUAUGAAGUUAUUAAAACUGUUGGCAGCUCACACGAGUCACACAGUGGUUCUCAUGAGGGACCACCCGGACCCCCAUCCGGUCCUCCACCAACUGUGAAUGUUUACUCGUCGUUUGGCUUCAUCGCACUUGUUCAAUCUUGGAUUAUCAGCAAUCCAAGUGUCAUCGUGAUAGCAUCAGGCUCGGGAUCGAAGGGAUUAGGAGAAGUGGCUUGCCGAAGCUCAAACACGACAAUCAAAAAGCUGAUCUGCAAGAAUAAGAAGAUUAAGAAAGAGAUGAAUGAGGCAACUGAACUCUUCGCUUGUUACAGCAAGUAUUCAAAAGGAAUCGAUGCAACUGUGGUAAAGACGUGUGGAGCCGUUGUUCCGAAUGGGCCUUGCAAAAAGGUUGGAACCUAUGCUGAGUGUCAGGCUCAAGUCUAUGGAAAUGCCUGUGACAUGUGGGGAAAAAGUAUCUUCCACGGAAUCUACAAGUCUAUUCCAGCACAACCAGAAGGGUCUCCGAAUUUUGACGCUUGUCGAUAUGAAGUUAUUAAAACUGUUGGCAGCUCACACGAAUCACACAGUGGUUCUCAUGAGGGACCACCCGGACCCCCAUCCGGUCCUCCACCAACUGUGAAUGUUUACUCGUCGUUUGGCUUCAUUGCACUUGUUCAAUCUUGGAUUAUCAGCAAUCCAAGUGUCAUCAUGAUAGCAUCAGGCUCGGAAUCGAAGGGAUUAGGAGAGGUGGCUUGCCGAAGCUCAAACACCACGAUUAAGAAAAUGAUUUGCAAGAACAAGAAGAUGAAGAAAGAAAUGAAUGAAGCCACUGCUCUCUUCACUUGCUACAGCGCAUACUCAAAUGGAAUCGAUGCAGCGGUUCUCAAUUCAUGUGGAGCUAUGGUUCCCAAUGGACCUUGCACAUCCGUAGCCACUUAUGCUGAGUGUCAAGCUGAAGUGUAUGGAUCAUCGUGUGCCAUGUGGGGAAAGAACGUAUUCCAUGGAAUCUUCAAGGCUAUUCCAGCACAACCAGAGAGUUCUCCUAAUUUCGAUCCAUGUCGAUAUGAAGUGAUUAAAAGAGUUGGUAGCUCUCACGAGUCACACAGCAGUGGUUCUCAUGAGGGACCCCCACCACCGCCACCCGGUCCUCCACCAACUGUCAAUGUUUUCACGUCGUUCGGUUUCAUUGAGCUUGUUCAGGCUUGGUUUAUCAGCAACCCGAGCAUCAUCGUCAUUGCCUCAGGCUCGGAAUCUCAAGGAUUAGGAGAGGUGGCUUGUCGAAGCACAAACACGACAAUCCGAAACUUGAUCUGUUACAACAAGAAGUUGAAGAAAGCGAUGAAUAAGGCUACUCCACUUUAUGCCUGUAUCGCAGCAAAUCCAAAAGUGGUCACGGUGACCGAUCAGCAUUGUGGUUUUGUCGCUCCACAUGGCCCAUGCACAACAGUAGCCGAGUAUGCCAAUUGCCAGGCGAUGGUGCACGGAGCCACGUGUAAUAUGUGGGGAAAGCACAUCUACCAUGACAUCUACAAAUCUAUUCCUAAACAACCACCCACAUCUCCAAAGCAUGAUCCAUGUCGUUGGGAAGUGAUUCAACGAGUCGGCGAUGAUUCAUAUGAGAAACAUUCAUCACAUGAGGGAUCACAUGGGGGAUCACAUGGCGGAUCACAUGAAGGAUCAAAUGAGCAAGACUCAAAACCUAAGCCGAAAAGAUCUCAACACUGGCCAUUUUUC